UUAAGACUUGGCGUUGGUCGUAUUGUACCCUAUAAGCAGAUGUAUAAGCACAACACUGUACUGAAUCUUAAUUUUGAAAUAAACCGUUCUGGAUUUAAAGAUAGACCUCGGCUAUGAAAGACAUAAAUAUGGAUGUUCAUUGCAAAUAUUUAAAGAAUGAAAGAAGCCGAGUGCUCGUUGUAGAAUGUAGCAGGAGAGGCGGGCUUUUGCGGCUACACGCUCCCAAGGUAAAUUGAGGUGCUACACCGGCGGUUACUGUUUGCCUCGAGAGUCACUUAUUAUCGUUCUAUUUAAUUUAAUCGAUCUGGAGUGAGCCGAUUAUUCGGAAGACGUGAAGCCUGUAACUCUUAACUAAAGGUAACAGUCAGCCAUUACUGGCCGGGUCUGGUGACCCCUGUCACUGCACCAUCUCCAAUAUGGAUGUGCAGGGUUACCGGCUUGUGCCUUGGCGCGUGUGGCUGUGCCGCGUGUUUGCCGUGCUGUCCGUGGGCCUGCUGCUCUUGCUGUUCUACUGGCGCCCCCGUCUGGCCGUGUUAGCCCGAUGUAACCUCUGUCCCCUGGCCCUGGCUGAUACUCUACUCGUAAGGAAUGCCCAUGGGCAGAGCUUCGUUGUAGAAGUACAGAUACUGGAGUUGGAUGAUGGCAGUACUGAACACCCGGCCAGUGAUGUUGAGGAAUUUGACUGGAGGGAUACAGUGCACCUUCACAGCGAGCAGAAAUCAUCCCUUCGCUGCUUUAUAUUUGAGGGGAUUCGUUACAUUUGGAUGAUGAAGAAGGGUGCCUUCUGUCCUGUGAGUGUCCUCAGUGAGGACUGGACUUCCUCUGACAUAUACCGCCAGCAGGGGGGGCUGAGUCGCCACGAACAGAGUUCCAGGAGAAAGGUGUAUGGGCCAAACCUCAUAGAUGUUCCUGUGAAGUCCUGUGCUCGGCUGCUGGUGGAGGAGGUCCUCAAUCCCUUCUACCUGUUCCAGAUCUUCAGUAUCGUCUUAUGGAUGAGCGACAACUACUUCUACUAUGCAGGCUGCAUCCUUGUCAUCUCACUUAUUUCUAUAGCCAUCUCCCUCUAUGAAAUUCGUAAGCAAAGCAACACCCUGCGCAGAAUGGCUCACCUGGUGGUCAAUGUGACCGUCCGCAGGGACUCUGGCGAGGAGGAGAUCGUGAGCUCUAUGGACCUGGUGCCUGGGGACUGUGUGCUGAUACCUCCAGAGGGCCUGCUCAUGCCCUGUGAUGCCGCCCUGCUGGUUGGGGAGUGCAUGAUCAACGAGAGCAUGCUCACUGGUGAAAGCGUGCCUGUGAUGAAAACUCCCCUUCCGUUCAGUGCAGGCAAAUACAGUCCUGACUCUCAGCGCAGACAUACCCUAUUCUGUGGUACACAAGUUAUCCAGGCCAGGGGGGGCCGCCAGGGGGGGAGAGGAGGUCUUGCUGUGGUCACACGCACAGGGUUUUUCACAGCUAAGGGUGACCUGAUCAGCUCCAUACUUUUCCCUUUGCCAAUAAACUUCCGCUUCUACCAAGAUUCCAUGAAGUUCCUGCUCAUCCUUGGGGCACUGGCUCUGAUAGGCACAAUCUACAGCACCGUGAUCCUAAGCAUAAGCAUGACUCCCUGGGUGGAGGUGGUGAUCCGGGCCCUGGACAUCGUCACCAUCGUGGUGCCGCCCGCUCUGCCUGCUGCCAUGACGACGGGCACCAUCUACGCACAGCGACGCCUCAAGCGUCACGGCGUGUUCUGCAUCAGUCCACCCCGUAUCAAUGUCUGUGGCAAGAUAUCACUCUGCUGCUUUGAUAAGACAGGCACGCUGACGGAGGACGGUCUGGACGUGUGGGGUGUUCUGGAGGGUGGUGGGGAAGGCUUUGGAGAGCUUGUGCCCGACCCCCGCAUGCUGCCUCAGGGCCCCAUGCUCUCGGCCAUGGUAUCCUGCCACUCCGUGGCACUGCUGGAAUCCCAGUCAUUUGGAGACCCCCUGGAGCUCAAGAUGAUCGAGUCCACAGGCUGGCAACUAGAGGAGCCCGUGGAGGAUGAACAAACUGCAGAGAUUGUGGGGGAGUUUGGGAGCUUUCGUGUCCUGGCAGUGAUGAGACCACCGGCAUCUGAAUUGCAACCUCAUGGCAUUUCCAUCGGUGAGCCAGUGGCUAUCCUGCGGAGAUUCCCAUUCUCAUCCACCCUACAGAGGAUGAGUGUGGUUACUGUGGGACCAGGAGGACAUGGUGCCCUCGCUUUCCUCAAAGGAGCUCCUGAAACAGUGGCCAGCCUUUGCCUGAAGGAGAGCAUUCCUGCUACAUUUUCUGACACUCUGAGUCAUUUUGCAAAUGAUGGGUUCAGGGUGCUGGCCCUGGCUUAUAAACCUCUUGAUGAAACACUGUGCUUGAAGACCAUUGAGAGGGAAGCCGUAGAAAGCUCAAUGAGGUUCUUGGGUCUGUUGGUGAUGAAGAACGUGGUGAAGCCGGAAACGCCAGGUGUCAUCACCAUUCUGAGGAACGCCCAGCUUCGAACUGUCAUGGUCACAGGUGACAACAUCCUGACUGCUGUGAAUGUGGCCCGGACUUGUGGCAUGGUACCAUCAGAUGACAGAGUCAUCUUUGUACAAGCGAACCCCCCUGGUGCCAGUUCACUGGCAACGCUACGAUUUCACAUGGGAGAAAACAGGACUGAGAUUCUGCAGAGUCUCUACCAAGGAAGUUCCGGGUAUCACCUGGCCAUCAAUGGCAAGUCUUUCUCUGUCCUUUGUGACCACUUUCCUGAAUACCUACCAAAGGUGCUGAUGAGAGGCACGGUGUAUGCUCGCAUGACCCCAGACCAGAAGACUCAGCUGGUCACUGAGCUGCAGAAACUCAAUUACUGUGUGGGCAUGUGCGGGGACGGCGCCAAUGACUGCGGGGCCUUAAAGGCGGCCGAUGCAGGCGUGUCCCUGUCCCAGGCGGAGGCGUCCGUCGCCUCCCCAUUCACGUCCAGCUCUGGCAGCAUCAGCUGUGUGCCGCUGCUCAUUAGGGAAGGAAGAUGUUCUUUGGUGACGUCUUUUAGUCUCUUCAAGUACAUGGCCGUCUACAGUCUGAUCCAGUUCUGCUCUGUCCUCAUCCUCUACACUGUGAAGACCAACCUCGGCGACCUGCAGUUCCUGUUCUUUGACCUGGUGCUGGUCACAUCAUUGGCCAUUGUGAUGGGGACGGGCGGGCCCAAUGCAGAGCUGCACCCCCGGCGCCCCCCAGCCAGCCUGCUCCGCUUCUUGGUUCUGGGUAGCCUGCUGGUGCACUUUAUACUUCUGGUGCUGAUUCAGGUGUCUGCCCUUCUCAUCACCAGGACUCAAAGCUGGUACAUUCCCCUCAACUCAACUGUAACCGGGGCAGCCAACUUGCCCAACUUUGAGGACACCAGUGUGUUUGCCUUGUCUGGCUUUCAGUACAUCAUUAUGGCUGUGGUGCUAACCAAAGGGUAUCCGUAUAAGAAGCCUCUUUAUGCGAAUGUGCCGUUUGUCCUGCUGCUGCUGCUCUUCUUUGGUGCCAUGAGCUGGCUGGUCUUGUAUCCAGUGCCCUUCCUGCGAAGGUUGUUCAAGCUGAGCGAAGUCACGGACAUGAACUAUAAACUUUUGUUAGUAGCUCUGGCCGCGCUCAACCUGUUCACCUGUUACCUGUGGGAGAUUUUCAUUGACAAAGGCGCACUGGACUGCUGCCGAAGAUUAAGGCGGAAGAAGGAGUCCAGAAAACUGUACAAGCGUUUGGAAACCUUCCUGUCAGACGCCCCCUCCUGGCCCCCACUUGAUCAGACCCUGUCGCCUACACAGUGCUCUGUGAUUGGCUUAAGUUAGCAUCACUGAUCCCAGUCCUUGACAGGAGAACCAAGGAUUUUGUUGCCAAAAUCUGAGCAAUACUUUGGCCUUCUGCUUGGGCUCUCACCUAUAUGUUUUUAAUCCACCACAUUAAAUGUUUAUUUUCUCAUCAUAA